GGGGCCGCUGGGGGCUCAGAGCGGGGGAGACAUGUGGAGCGAGGCGGGGCUAUCCCUUCAGGAACUCAGCCACAGUCCAGCCAUGCACGGCCUCCGAGAGGAAGGCUGGCCCAGAACAGGACCGGCAAACAGGGCAAGCAUGCACAAGCCUCUGACCUCAGAACGUUCCCCCUUGACACCAACCCUCCGGGCGUGUCGGGCACCCAGUCGGAGAGCGCCAUCAGCGGCCAGGAGAUCACUGGCGGCGAGUGCCUCUUCUACGGGGCCAACGUGGGAACUGAGAACCGCAACGUGGAGUUCAAGAGAGGAGGAGGGGAGUACCUGCGCUCCUCGUUCCGCGGCCACCUGCGCCGCUACGCCUGCGCCUUCCUCAACAGUGGCGGCGGCAGCCUGCUGGCCGGCGUGGACGAUGACGGCGUGGUGCAGGGCCUCCACUGUGACCACCGUCAGGAGGACCGGGCCAGGCUCCUGGCGGACUCCGUCCUCAAGGGCUUCCACCCCCCGCUGCUGCCCCACAGCUACAGCCUGGACUUCCUGCCUGUGCUGCGGCCCGGCCCGGAGGGCCGCGACCUCAAGGUGCUGCGACUGACCCUGCGGCCCCCGCCGGCCCCCGCCCUGAUGGGGCUGUACCAGACAGACCUGGGGGAGGUGUUCCUCCGGAGGGAUGGCAGCGUGGAGGGCCCGCUGUCGGCCAGUGCCAUCCAGGAGUGGGCCAGACAGAGGUGGAGUGUGGAGCUGAGUCGUCUGCAGCAGCAUGUGGAGGUGUUGCUGUCAGAGCAGAGGCUGCUGCUGCUGGAGACACGACAACAGAGGCAGAUCAUAGCAGACCUGCACAGCUCUCAAACACAGGCACAGGCCCAGCCAUGGCCACUUGUCGUUCCAGACCUCCGGAGAGAUGGAUCGGGGAAGGCGAGAUCCUCGAACCGGGUGGUCUCCAGCGUUUGCAGGUUGAUGUGAUUGGUCAUUUCAGCCAAUUGUCUAAACAUGCCCCUGUCUCCAGAGUCGCAAGUUGUUGUGAUUGGUUGGUUUAACCAAUCUACCAAUCAUUUGAC